ACUUCCUUCCCGUGAUGCUUAGCGAGCCCAAAUUGAACGCUCGGUAAAAGAAAACAUUUGUAUUUUCUACCCUCUUGUUUCCACAAAUAAAACGUGCGAAACGGGAUAUUUCUUUCACAAUUGAAUACGAUCAGAAAAGCAUUGUAACGGCGCACAACGGAAAAGACAGCCAUCGAAGCGCGGUAGGUGUUAAGAGAAGUGUAGAUUGAGAACAAACAAUGUUGCUAACCUGUUAGCCGGCAGGCUAGCGUCUCUUACGCCAGCUGAGCUAGUGUUAGCAUCAGCAAACACUUUGAUUGAAUUACUUCGAUCAACAUUCAUAUCUCUACUCCGAAUGUGGAUGAGAUUUUAAUUCCGCUUUGUUUUUAUGUUGACAACAUUUAACAGGCGUGUUGAUGCGGUUUGAAUGUAGUAUCGUUUAUGAUCAGCUGUUUUAGCAAUGAUUGAAGUGUUAUUGUUAGCAAAAGACUCAGAUCAUUAACAAGUAAUCAUGUUCACUCUACCUAAUGUCAGUGUCACAAUCGUCCAAAAAGGUGUGAUCAGACUUUAAGAUAAGCUUCUCAGAACAUAUUCUGUCCCAUGUGUUAAUUCGGAUUGAUCAAUCUAUGUCUACACCAAAACUAAAAGGGAGUUUCUGGAAUGAUUUAUGACUACAGAGUCUUUACAACCAGUUUUAGACAUGACGCUCAAUCAAAAAGCUUCCUGUAGACUCCUUGUAAACUCCAUUUAAGAUGUUAUUCUGUGUUCUUUAUAUAAAUGCCAAAUAGUGCGAUCAGCCAUACAAUACAACAGGUUUACCACAAAUAAUACUUUCAGGAAGCUUAUGUAUUUACUGUGUUUACAUGAUCAGACAGCUGAUUAUUGUACUCAGUGUUUAUUGUUGAAGAUAUGGUGGGUGGUGCUGGUGUAUUUGGGAGUGUCAUAAUGAAAAAGAUGAGCCUUAACUUUGUCCACUAUAUAAACAAAGAAGCAAAAUAUUAGGAACAUUUUUCAAAGAAUUUGAGUCCAUCUGUCAAUCAUCUGUCUGUAGAAGCUUUGCAAAAGUUAAAUUGAUGGUAAAGCUGUAGCAUUGGAUUGCAUGAAAUGUUAGUGUUAUAGCUGAUUGAUGUUUGUGUCUUGUAUUUACUAUGAUGCUUGUUUUCUCACGAGGUUACCAGUGGGGUGCCACAAGGACUAAUUUUAGGACCAUUACUUUUUAAUUUGUACAUGUUACCUGUGGGUGGUGUCAUCAGGAGCCACGGCAUCUCUUUUCACAGUUAUGCGGAUGACACUCAGCUCUAUGUGUCCGUGUCUCCUGAUGACAACAGCCAGUUGAAGUCACUUUUAAAUUGCCUUUUAGAUGUAACAGCCUGGAUGUCACAGAAUUUUUUGCAGCUCAACUAGGACAAAACUGAGGUUUUAAUAAUUGGUUCAAAUGCUCAGAGAGAGAAACUGACCCCCAAACUCCACAAAAUAGGACUUAACCCCAACCAAGAAGCACAAAAUCUCGGGGUGGUCUUUGAUACUGAUUUUAAUUUUAAAACUCACGCUAGGGGGGUCACUAAAACAGCCUUUUACCAUCUUAAAAACAUUGCUAAAGUACGACCGUUUCUCUCUCUGAGCCAGACAGAAAGACUGAUGCACGCUUUUAUAACCAGCAGGCUUGAUAACUGUAAUGCUCUCCGCUCUGGUCUACCCAAAAGCUGAUCCAAAACUCUGCUGCUAGAAGAGCUCAUAUUACACCCAUUUUAAAGUCUUUGCACCGCCUGCCUUUUAGUUUUCGCAUUGAUUUUAAAAUUCUUCGACUGGUUUAUAAAGCUCUACAUGGCCUGGCACCGGUACAAAGAUAAUUUUAAUUUAUGAACCAGGGCGGCCUCUCAGAUCCUCUCAAUCUUCUCUUUUAGUCGUUCCACAGAACAGAACAAAAUAAUUUGGUGAUGCUUCUUAUAGCUGCUGUGCUCCAAAACUGUAGAGCAAACUUCCAGAAGGUCUGAGACAAGCUGCAAAUAUAGAAAUUGUAACCUAAAAACUCAUCUGGCUUUUAUGUAAAGCUUCUUUAUUGUAAUUACUAUUAUCCUUUAUUUAUUUAUUAGUAUCACUUUUUGCCUUCUUUUAUUAAUAAAUUCAAGUUCAUGUUUUUUUGUCUGUUUUAGUCUAUUAUAAUAACCAUUAUUUUUUUCUUGUCCUAAUGUGAAGCACUUUGAGCUGCAGUUUCAUUUGUAUGAACUGUGCUAUAUAAAUAAACUUUGAUUAAUUGAUUUCUAUUAGCUCCAUGUUAACACAAACAACUUGUCAAGAAAGCUUUAUUUGUCAAAAAAAAAAAAGAAAAAAACUUCAAGCAGUGAUACUGGAACUGUUCACCAGUCAGUUCCUCGAUCUACAGACACCCGAUAAUCACAAUCAUUGUUCAAGUUAUUUAGUAAAAUGACAAAUUAGUGUCUGCAUGUGCUGUUUAAAUCUGUCAAUGUGAUGAAAUAUGAGUAGCUGUAGAGUUUUGGGCAGAACAUAAUCAGCAAUAUAAACCUGUUAUAGAUUUGAGAUGUUAUAGGUAUAUCUAAUGUCAGCCCUAAAUGCUGUCCAGCUUAUUGAUUUUUUUAAGAGUCCAGUCAACAUAUUUUCUUUUCACAAAUUAUAUACAACAAAAGUGCUGACAAACAUAAUUUCAGAAAUGUGAUGUUAAAACAUAGCAGGGGAAAUGCUGUCUGACUGGUCUUCUGUUGUGAAUUGUUUCCAGGCGUCAUGGAUCAGGAUUAUGAGUGCAGGCUCCUCAGGCAGAUCAACAUCCAAAAUGAAAAUGCAAGCCCUAUAGUAAGUAUUUAACAUGAAUUUUCCCUUUUUGUACUAAAAUGAGCAACAGUACUGAUAGAACCAGUAGUAAAAACAGCAACACAUAUUUGUGAUCUUGCGAGAGAUUUACAGUCCUGAGAUUUUCUGAAUUCAGUCGUACUUCUAAUGAUACCAUGAUCAUAGCCCCUCCUAAACGGAGUUGUUUGCUGGCGAAGGACUUACAAUGAGCAGAGGGAGUGUUGCUUUAAAUGUGUUGAAAGAGUAAACAGUCUAACAGGCCACCAGUCUUUCCCAUCUGACACUGUCACUAGUGUCAAGUGAUAACAAGACCUUGGCAGCCAAAUGGCGGGGUUUUGUGAAUGUGGCCUCCUGUUAUUAACACCUCAAACAAACACACCAUCUGCUGCUUAAGUUGUCCUGUUUGGUUGUAAAGUUUUCAGAUCCCUGUCCAAAGCCUGUUUGUAUUUGGCCUUGAAUCAGAAAAUGCCCUCUCCUCUCCUGCUUUCUCUUCUCUUUUUUUCUGUAGAAGGCCGUAGGAGCGAUCCGAGCCCUGACACCUACAAGCUCCCCUCUUUCGUCACCUAGCAAGCAUGGAGAUCGCUUCAUUCCUUCCCGGGCAGGAGCCAACUGGAGUGUCAACUUCCACCGCAUCAAUGUGAGUCAGCAGCGGUACACAACAAUUUCACUCCCCUUCUUUGGAGGACCACUAAUCACAAGUUUCAGAGUGGAUUAUAGCUGAUAAGGAUAUAUGUUAUUAGUCAGCACUACCUUCUACUUAUGUACAAACUCUUGAAUACAGAAGUAAGAAUAUCUGCUUUACCAAAAUAAUUUACAAUGUCAAUUGAUUUGCCCAUUUUUUUACAUAGGAAAUUGAAAAGUCUCACAAUCAAAACAGGAAAACCAAAGAUGGAACAACAGACAGCAACAAAGGUAAUGAAUCCAUCUUUACAUCAAGAGUCUAAAUCUGGAUUAAUGUGAUUUAGCACCCAGGGAUUUAAAUUCUUCAUGCUAAAUUUUAUCAGUUUCAUUUUUGAUAAAUAAAUCUUUGGGUCACUGUCAUCCAUCUAAUGGAGAAAAAAAUCAAUGGAAAAGCGGAUAAGUGCAAAAAAUUUGCAUCUGAACUGCAGUUUAUGGUGACAGACAGACGUAAUUGACUGGAAUGCUGCCAUUCAAGUGUAGUAUUGUAUUCCCGUGCCAUUUAGGCAAGCUUGUGAGAACCAAAGAUCAGAGCUUUUUCCACUCUUUGUGCAUACUACACUUUCAUUCCAGCUGCUAACAUCAACAUGCAGUGGUUUCGUCAUGGAUUUGUUGGCUUCAGUUUGACCAUAGUGAAGGGAAUGAUAUUUGGUAACAUGCACCAGGCGUGAUUAUUUUCAGCAAGAGGUAAAUAUCCAGGAAAACCACAUCUAUCAUAUUCACUGAUAAAGGAACAUGCAGCAGCUAUCCUGCAACAGCCCGAUUUCCCUUUUUUUUUCUGUCCAUACAUUGGUCUGAGAACUACCUCUUUUUCAGCUCAUUUUCAAAGCCCUCUCUCCUCUGGAAAUUUGACCUUCUCUUGUUUGCUGAGGCUGAAUAGGCUCAUGUUAACCAAGGAUCCCAGAUCUUUGGAGAUGUAAAGCCAAGUUUCAAAAUGGCAGAGGGACCGUGUUUUUUUUUUUUUUUCUCUUGGUGGUGUAUUUCCUCAGCCUGGCUUGAUUUUCCCCUUUGUCUCCUCCCUUGCCUUUAGCUGACGGUCUGGCUUAUUCUGCUCUGCUGAAGAACGAGCUGCUGGGAGCUGGCAUUGAGAAAGUCCAAGACCCUCAGUCAGAGGACCGGCGUCUGCAGCCAUCUACUCCCGCCAAGAGAAGCCUCUUUAGUGUAAAACAAAAAAAACUUACAUUACUGUAACGUCAAACAAACUUUGUUAACUGGGAGUUUAACUGUUACUGAUCAUGUCCUUGUGUUUUUAGUAUUCUGUUAGUACCAAACGAGCCCUUCCUGAAGAGGAUGGAAACACAGUUUCUCCUUAUUCUUUAUCACCUGUCAGUAGCAACAGGUAACAUCUUCUGCUGGUCAUCCCUUGAAUUUAAUCAGCCCCAUUUCUAAUGAAGAACUUUUGCUUAAUUUAACAAAUUGUGGUUUGCUCUGCAGCCAGAAACUUUUGCGGUCACCAAGGAAACCCACACGCAAAAUUUCUAAAAUCCCCUUCAAAGUUCUGGAUGCUCCAGAGCUUCAGGAUGACUUCUACCUCAACUUGGUGGACUGGUCCUCUCUGAAUGUGCUCAGUGUUGGACUGGGUACCUGUGUAUAUCUGUGGAGCGCCUGCACCAGCCAGGUGUGUGGCAUAUAUUUCUCUGUCAUGUAAGAUUUGUAACAACAUUUAAUCUUUCAUUUAGUUUUUUUAUCACACAUGUAUUUUUUUCUAAAUUUUUCACAGGUGACACGUCUGUGUGACCUCUCUGUGGAAGGAGACUCUGUAACAUCAGUCGGCUGGUCAGAGAGGGUGGGUUUCUCUGUCAUCUGUUAUCACCUUUCAUAUUUUUUGACUGUCAAAAAAAAUCUGAGUAUCUCAAAUAAAGUUGUCAAGCUUACUAGUGGACACUCUUUUUUUACACUUGUUCUGUCAGAAGGUGGUCCGACUGAAAAAGGAAUCAAGAGAUGUUGUUUUUUUUUUCGUCCAGAGGUUUACACUGGUGCACAUGCUCAGUGCAGACCUCAAUAAACUGUUUAUUGGUAGAUGUUUUUAAAACCAGACUGACGGGCUCUUUAUGAGUCAGUGUGAUAUUCAAAUUUUGUUUUCUAUUUUUAGGGUAACUUGGUGGCGGUGGGGACUCAUAAAGGCUACGUACAGAUCUGGGAUGCAGCAGCAGGGAAGAAACUGUCUGUAUUGGAAGGACACACAGCCAGAGUGGGUGAGUGGAAGAGCUGGAGGGAUGGAGGAGUAACGGACUACAACCUUUAUUCAUUUUUCACAGUUGUUUUAUAUCUGCAUCUUCCAUUCACGAGUGGUGAAUCAUCCUCUGUUCAAUCUGCUUUUCAUCUCCACUGUUAGGUGCGUUGGCCUGGAAUGCAGACCAGUUGUCGUCUGGGAGCCGCGAUCGAGUGAUCCUGCAGCGUGACAUCAGAGCUCCACCUCUCCAGUCGGAGCGCCGUCUCCAAGGACACAGACAGGAGGUGUGCGGCCUUAAGUGGAGCACGGACCACCAGCUGCUCGCCUCAGGUGGAAAUGAUAACAAGGUAUGUUUGCAGAGAAUAUCACCUGCAUAUGUGUGUGAGGGCUGCAUGUUCGGACCUGAUCGUUAUUUCUUCUUCCUGCUGUGUGUAGUUGCUGGUUUGGAACCACUCAAGCGUCCACCCAGUGCAGCAGUAUACUGAGCACCUGGCUGCAGUGAAGGCCAUCGCCUGGUCUCCCCACCAGCACGGCCUGCUUGCCUCCGGAGGUGGAACUGCCGACCGCUGCAUCCGCUUCUGGAACACUCUGACUGGGCAGCCCCUGCAGUGCACAGAUACAGGCUCUCAGGUCUGCAACCUGGCCUGGUCGAAGCACACCAACGAACUGGUGAGUCACCCAAGGGUCUAGGAUUUGGACAUGUAUGUCUCUGUGCUAAAGCAAAAUGAACUACUAUUGAUUUAGCUCUUUGUCCCAAGGUUAACCAAGUUUCUUUGAUAUCUGAAGUCAAUAUAUACAACUGUGUUUAUUUUCUGCAGGUCAGCACACACGGUUAUUCCCAGAACCAGAUUCUGGUCUGGAAGUAUCCCUCCCUCACUCAAGUGGCCAAACUAACUGGGCAUUCCUACAGAGUACUCUACUUGGUCAGUAUACAUAAUGUUUUUGUUUAUGCGUAUACAGUUUGAGUGUGUAUUUCCACCUUGCACCACUCCUUCUUGAAGGAAAAAAAACAGCUUUGAUUCACCAAAUUCAAACAAUUUCAGAUCAGCUUCAAAAUUUCACUUUAUUUCCAAAAUAUUGGAAAAAUAAAUCACUCAAGAGAGUAACAUGUUUGAUCAAAUCCAAUCGGUCUUUUAGUGAAGACACAGCUCAGGCUCUGUGCAGAGUCACAGAUGACCUAUGUAUAUAGGCAGAUGGGACAGACAGAUUUGAUACUAUGGGUCACAAUAGUCUUCUGUCUUGAUCACACAGUGGUGUUGGUAUCUUUGGAAAAGCCCUUCUAUGGUUAAACUCGUUUCUUUGGUGCAUUGUGCCACAUUUCUUGUGUUAAUGGGGAACUAUGUGUCUUCUAUUACCCCUUUUAUUACACUUGGUACCUUAGGGGUUAAUUCUAGUCCACAUUUUUUUUCCCCACAAAGCUCCUCCAGGAAAAAUGAUUGGUCAUUUUGGUAGCAUAUAUUAGUAUUACACCAGUGACAGCUGUGGUACAUGUCUCUUUUAAUAACAACAUUUAUGAGAAAACUUUAGAGUUUUCUCCAUCUUGUGCAAGUUAAGAAGAUUUUUGGAUGUUUUUCCUGAAGCGCUGCUCUGGCUGCAAAUCCACAAACACAGGAGUAGAGACGAAAAAAAAACUUUUUUCAUGGCCCUGACCAUUCAGAUCACCCACUGUUAUAAUACUCUGUGUUCAGCGUGUAACAAUGAGUUCAUUUGUAGGCCAUGUCCCCUGACGGAGAGGCCAUUGUGACGGGCGCCGGAGAUGAAACGCUCCGCUUCUGGAACGUCUUCAGUAAAAUGAGAUCCACUAAGGUAUCAUUCCCUCCAUUUCUCACCUGUGACCUGGGACAAGGGUUCCUAAACUUUUCAGCCCAGGACCCUCAAAAUAACAGGGCCACAGAGGGGGGACCCCUUCUGUCCCUCAGUGUGGUUAAUGAUGUUCAGAGCUGUGUGUAAGCACAGAUAGAAGCAGAAUAGGAGUCAUCUUCAUGUUUAGACUUGUUUGAGAGGGACAUGCAGUAUUCAGUAAGUGGAUAUUCAGCUGAAUCUGUGAGCUCCAAACUGAACUGAUUAAAUAUUUUUAUUUGAUGGUUCCAUUUAAAGUCAGUCUAUCAAUUAUUACAAUAAUGGAUAACAUUUGGAAUAUUUCAAAUUAACUUUACUUUGAAAGGCAUUUUGCGCUCCCACAUCAGUGCCAUGCCAUCCCUCCAGGGGGUCCAGACCCCAACACUGGGGAGCACUAUUCUAGGAUAACAAAAAAAAAUAUUUGUUUUAUUUUUUUAAAUAUUUUAAAAAUAUUUUCAUUCAGGUGUCUUACCCCAGCCUUCUGUCUCUCUCUUUUUUGUAGGAAUCGGUGUCAGUUCUGAAUCUCUUCACCAGGAUCCGGUAGUCGGUGUAACUCUGUGCCAGAAAGAAUAAAAUCGGGGAGGGAAUUUGUCUCUGCAUGUGUCAAGCUGUAAAUGGGACCCUUCUUUGAGUGUUGACCUCAGUCUAGCACAGAGGGCCCCUCCAUCGCCCUGAGUUAUUUAGCCAAGUUGUAGCUGGAGUUGAGAGUGUGCAGAGGAAGUGCACAGCCUGAGAUUGAAGGGCAGAAGAAAUAUUUACACACAAACAUACAGUAUUCGAGUUUCUCCUGGAUGAUGGAGGCACUGCCUUCUCACACAGACUGAUUAUCUUGAUGACAUGGAGAAUUUUCUGAUCCUUUUUGUUUACAGACUGGUGUACUCGCCUGCCAAAUAAGUUUGUCCUUUUGAUUGUCUAUUUAUUUUUAUUUUUUUUCUCUUUUCUAAUUUUGUCUCGUAAUCUUUCUCGUGUGUGCGUUUGGAAGUUGGUGGAUUUUCAUUCGUGUGUCUGAUUGAGGUUUUUGGUCGUAACUGUGGAGUGUGUUUGGUUUUGUACAGGUCUGCAGAAAAAUCCAAACUAAUCUUUUUAAUUUACUGACAGAAAAUAAUGCUUCAUGUACACUGAUUUACUCAUUACAUAAUCCUGUGUGCAAUUUUCUGGUAUCUUUCCACAGUGAUGAUGUUUAAAAAGGAUUGGACAAACAGGACUGAUCCCUCUCUCUCUCUCUCCCUUUUUUUUUUUUCUUAAUCCGUCACAUCUUCAUUUUUGUCUAUAUUGGCUCAUGUUUCAUAAUCAAACCGGUAAAAAAAAAAAAGCAAUGGCAUCGCAACUCAAAAGGAAAAUAACCAUAAGAACCAAAGCUCCAUAAAAUCAGAGGAUUUAAUGAGGCCUGUGAGGAAACUUUUCAUUUCUUUUCUCUGCCCUCUUAAAUUACAAGUCAGGCAAGAAACAAUACGACACCUCAGUUUUGAUGACAGCAGCUAAAGCAUCAAGAAACAGAUUUUGAAUUUAAUCAAAGUGAAAAGUCAUUUAAGAGCUUCUGCUUUGUGCUGUGUCUGCUAACAAAUUUAAGCUGGAGGCACUUUUUCUUUUGCAGCAUUCAAACCAUUUUUGUAUGGAGAAGUUGUGCCUGUGUAAUUUGUUUUUAAUAGGAAAAAAAAAAACAGACCUUCUAUCAUCAUCCUGUUUUUCUUCUCUGAAUGUUUGAGUUAGCGUACUCCAUUAAGACGGAUGCUAUUUAUUUGCGUUGUGUACAAAGAUUCAGAAGUGUACAGAGAUGGCAUGUUUGUUUACUAAUGCUGUGUGGGGGGGGGGGAGCUUGUGGGCAGUUUCACUGCCAAACUUUAUGGAAAACUAUUUUAACGCCACUUCAAAAUCAAGAUGAUGCUGCCAACUUGAACUACAGGAAGAAUGUUAAAAGAAAAAUAUUUCUGUACAAAAGAUAAUCAACAAUUAAAUGAACAUAUCUUGUAA